GGGCUCCAUGGUAAGGCCUCAUCGUCUUGGGUGAGGCCCCGGGCCGCACGCAAUUCCCUCCCGUCGCUCUCGGUCUGCGAAAGUAAACCCCCGGUCGGCACGCAGAGCGAGUUACCCUAGAGUGGUUUACCUCUAAAACCCUUCACAACCCCAGAACCUCCGUCGCAACAGAUCUCAGCGCCCUCCCAAAUCCUCUCUAACCAGAAGAAAGAAGAAGAAAAUGAGAGCCUUCUUCAGAUUCUCAGAUGUGGCGAAAUCAAAGCUCAUUUUCCUCCAAAUACCCUCCAUAAAACCCAAAUCCCUCCUCAGUCCCUUCUCCGAUUCCUCCAAACCCACUCCCUAUCCCCUUCUUCAAGCCACUUCCUUCUGCUCAGACGCGUCUCACCCUAAGAACUUUGCCCUACAUACCGAGAAAAGAGCUUCCGACGACACCGAUCUUAUCCACGCGGUGUCCGAUCUUGCCGUUGAAUUGUCGGCCAUCUCCGAUCCCGCGAAUCUCACCACCGUCCUUGCAUCAAAAGCGUCUUCUCUGUUCCAAAACUACCCUGAUGGCUCUGCUUCGAUCGAGCUAUUGAAUCAGUUGAAAUCUUCGCCUCAAGUAGCCCUAGAAGUUUUCAACUGGAAGAGAAAACAAGUGGAUGCAGGCAUCCCAAUGCUCUCGGAGGAGUAUGCAAAGGCGAUAACCCUUGCUGGUAGAAUAAAGAACCCAGAUCUCGCUGCUGAUUUAUUUUCAGACGCUGGCGUCAUGGGACUUCAGACUGUAUCAGUCUAUAAUGCGUUGAUGGCUGCAUACAUGUACAAUGGCCUCACUAAGAAGUCCCUGUCACUAUUUGAAGAUUUGAAGCAGGACCCGGAUUGUUGCCCUACAAUCGUUACGUACAACAUUCUAUUAUCAAUUUUUGGGCGCUCAAUGCUAGUUGAUCACAUGGAGACUGUUAUUCGCGUGAUUAAGGAGUCAAAUCUAAUGCCUAAUCUGAGUACAUAUAACACGGUGAUUGCUGGGUAUGUGACUGCUUGGAUGUGGGAUGACAUGGAGAGGACUUUUCGGACCAUGGAAGCGAGCAAAAUCAAGCCUGAUGUUCAUACCCAUUUGCUGAUGCUUCGUGGGUAUGCUCAUUCUGCCAAUUUGGAGAAGAUGGAGAGGACUUAUCAAUUGGUGAAGGAUGAAAUGGAUGAAAGGCAUGUGCCAUUAAUCAGAGCCAUGAUAUGUGCGUACUGCAGGAGUUCGGAUUCAGAUAGGAUUAGAAAGAUAGAGGAGUUGUUAUGGUUUAUACCAGAAGAUGACUACCGGCCUUGGCUGAAUGUGCUGUUGAUUCGGGCCUAUGCACAGGAGGACUUGGUAGAAGGGAUGGAGAGUUCAAUAUUUGAGGCAUUUCAGCGCAAUACAUUGGUCACAACGAAUGGUGUGAUGCGUUCAAUCACAGCUAGUUAUUUCCGAUGUAAUGCGGUGGACAAGCUUACAUGGUUUGUGAAGCAAGCUGAGUCUGCUGGGUGGAAGAUGUGUCGCUCACUUUAUCAUUGUAAGAUGGUUAUGUAUGGGUCACAGAAUCGGUUGGAGGAAAUGGAGAGUGUUCUAGAUGAGAUGGAGAUUUCGAGAAUCAAUCCUUCAAAGAAAACGUUUUUGAUAAUGUACAAGGCGUACUUGAAAUCAGGUGAGAGGUCUAAAGUGGAGCAGAUACUGGGGAUAAUGUGCAAGCAGGGAUUUGGAAUCCCUUUGGAUGCAUCUCCUUUAUAAUACAUGUUACCAGAUCGGAAUGCGGCAUCUGUGCUGACAGUAUUUGGAGCACCAUGGAAUGGACUGUUGUGCAUGGUUCUUUUCCUAUACAUCCAUCCACAAUAAUUGACAACUCUGCUUCAAAAAUCUGAAAUAGAAUGUUAAAAGUUUGUGUCCAUGUGGGAUCUGGUUGCAGAAGGGCAUAAUAAUUUGUGGAACUGCAGAUAAGUGGAUGCUCAUGGAAAUUGAAAUAAUUGCUCGUCCUUGAUUGCAUAUUUCGUUAGUACUUUCUGCUGGACAGUUUCUCUGAAACAUUCCAAUUGUAGAAUUGACAUUUGGAGUGACCUUGUACAAAUCCUACCCACCUGAUGGAGACACAAUGCUUUAAAGGGGUGCAAGGGGUGCACAUUCGUUUGGUGGUUCCUCAUCUUUUAUCUCGAGGAAAAGAUCAUUUUCUCGGAAGCAGUGCAACAGCAGGAAAAGAUCAUUUUCUCAUGGAAAUUGAAAUAAUUGCUCGUCCUUCAUUGCACAUGUCACUGGUACUCUCUGCUGGACAGCGUCUCUGAAACAUUCCAAUUCUAGAAUCUUUGACAUUUGGAGUGACCUUGUACAAAUCCUACCCGACUGAUGGAGACACAAUGCUUUAAAGGGGUGCACAUUCGUUUGGUGGUUCCUCAUCUUUUCUCUUGAGGAAAAUAUACAUUUUCUCUGAAGCAGUGCAACGACAGUAAGUAAUGGGUUAUUCACAAUUUUCGAGCAGCUGCCUAUGUCAGCAAGAUGUUGUAAAUCAGCUAGGUAGGAAACAUCAGUCACCUCCUCUCUCAAAAUCUGGUGUUACAUUGAUAGUACGUUAGAGCAUUUCCAGAUAGUGAUUACCAAAGAGCUUGUUAUUUCAUAUAUUGAUUAUUGAAAGUCCUCUAGCUAUUGAAAUAGAGAACAGUAUUGGGCACGUUUUUCCUUUUAUUUUAAAUUAUAAGUUAUCACAUCAUAUUAUUUGGUUGUGACAGCUAAACAUCAUCAUCAUCAAAGCCUUGUCACAGCUAUUUGGGUUUGGCUCUUAUUAUUUCAUAUAUUGAUUAUUGAAAGAGUCCUCCAGGUAUUGAAACAGAGAACAGUAUUGGGCGCGUUUUUCCUUUUAUUUGAAGUUAUAAGUAAUUACAUCA